CAUGGCUGAAAUACAGGCUACAGCCUUGUAUGAUUUCGAUGGGGACAAAGUGAAUGGCGAAUUGUCCUUCCACUCAGGCGAUGCCUUGUUUAUACUGCGCCAGGAUAUUGGAGAUGGCUGGUGGGAAGCUCGUAACCAGCAAGGACAACAGGGGCUGGUGCCGGAGUCAUAUGUUGAGAUCAUCUCAAUACCUGAACCACAGUUCCCUCCCCCUCCACCUCCUAUUCCCGCCACCGUGCCAUCGACUCGGCCGACAUCCAUCAAAGCCCUGAAUGGAUAUACUCAACAGAACGGAGGGGAUACUGGGAAUCAGGUGACGACACAGCAGAGUUUUGAUGACUGGGAUGAUGAGUGGGACGAUGACGAUGAUGAUCAGUCCAGUAACAGUACAACCGGAACAAACCAGGACCUUCAUGGAUCUGGGACGUUUGGUUUGUCUGUACCGAGGAGAGAAGGAAAACAAAUUUCUCCAACGUUGGAAAUGUCCAAGUAUGGCACAGUCAAAAGUAGUUUUAACAGAUUUUCACACUUUGCCAAGACUGGUGGGGAGGCCUAUCUGAUGACCCAAGUGCAGGUGGAAGUUCCAGAAAGUGACCUUAUCAAAAUUAUUGAGGCUGAUGAGGGGCCCGUGUGGAACCCAAUCCGUGACCCGUACACCUGUUCAGUGGCCUCACCAAAGAAAGAAAGCAAAAUGAAAGGCUUGAAAAGUUACAUUGCAUACCACCUCACCCCAUCGUUCAAUAAUAUUCAAGUGAGUCGGAGAUACAAACACUUUGACUGGUUACACGAAAGAUUACAAGAAAAGUUCCCUUGUAUCACAGUGCCUCCAUUACCCGACAAAGCUAUUUCAGUACCUGGCUUUGGAGGUCGGUAUGAGGAUGACUUCAUCACAGAGCGGAUGCAGCGGCUGCAGCUGUGGAUCAACCGAAUGGUGCAACACCCAGUCGUCUCACAGUCCAGUGUCUUCAUCCACUUCCUCACAUGCACGGACGAAAAGAGGUGGAAGCAGGGCAAGCGUAAGUCGGAGAAAGAUGAAUAUCAAGGUGCAAGGUUUUUCCUCUUGUUACAGACUCCGCCCCAUCACCUCGAUAUGGCAGACGUAGAUAAGAAAAUGGAAAAUUUCUGCAAAUUUGUGAUGAACAUGACUGAAAAUACAAAAUUUUUAUUGAAUGGUUUGGGUGAAAACUGCAAGAAAUAUACUGGGUCUUUCAAGAAGGAGUUUUCUAAGCUGGGUCAUGGAUUCAAAACGAUGGCUGUCACAUUCAACUUGGACCAGAAUGCCUACUCGCAGAAUCUGACAGCUGCGAUUGACCAGACUGGUGACACGUACCGUGAGAUUGGCAAGAUGUACGAGGAGCAGCCGAUGAAAGACAUCCUACCACUAAUGGACUCCCUCGGCGAGUACAAGGGAAUCUUGCAGACAUUCCCUGAUGUCCUCAAAGUUCACGAGGGAGCCACAGGAAAAGCGAAGGAAUGUAUAAAGCAGAAAGAGGAUCAGAAGAUGUCCGAGUCUGAGGUCCAGUUAGUGAUGCAGAAGGCGGAUGUGAUAUCGUACGGAACUCUGGCCGAGAUCAACCACUUCCAGCGCGAACGUGUUAGUGACUAUAAACUGAUGAUGCAGAGCUACCUCCAGGCGCAGAUCAGCUUCUACAGAGAGAUUACCACAAAAUUGGAACAAGCACUGCAACACUUUGACAAUGCGUAAUAAGUGGUUAAUGUGACUUCAGUGGGGAAUAACUGCAACAGUUGUGAUACUUGAAUGUGUGCGUAUGUGUGUGUGUGUGUGUGUGUGUGUGUGUGUGUGUGUGUGUGUGUGUGUGUGUGUGUGUGUGUGUGUGCAUGCAUGUGUGUGUAGUAGAUGACUUGUGCUACACUCAGCUCCAUGUCUGCAGGAUUAUCAAAGGACGCUUGAUGAUUGUGAACACUUUGUUUUCAAUUUAAUGAGUUGAGCCAUUUGAUAAAAGGAUUUAAAAUUUACUGUUGGCAACUGUCUGAACUUCAGAGGGAGCUGAUAUGUUUCACAAGCUGUGAAUUACAGUAAUGCAGAACUUCAAGCUGGAAAUAGUGUGAUUCACACCCUAAGAACUGCAAUAAUUCAGACAGGACUGUGGUAGUGCAAACAUGAGUCAGAACUUCACAAGCUGUUUGUGAACUGCAGUAGUCAAAACUUCACAAGCUACACAAAUGUGUAUGUGAACUGCAGUCAUCAAACUUCACAAGCUGUAUGUGAACUGCAGUAGUAAAAAAAAAUCAUAAGAUUUGUAUGAACUGCAAUUGCCAAGUUUAACAAGAAACAUAAAGAGAAUUCCAUUUACAACAGUUACUAUUAUAGUGGUUUGAACAUACAAACUGCAAUAUUUGAAAACUGCACAGUCUGUAUAAUAGAUAUAUAAGUUGCAGUAGCUAAAGGUUUCAUUGGGAACUACCUGUGUAUAAACUGUAAUAAGGACCUCUGUGUGGUUUUCAAAUCAAUGGAUUGGAAAUGUGUUAUGAUGAAAACUACAGUUGUUAAAGUUUGUUAUUAGUUGGAAUUGUGAGUGUUAUUGAGUUUAAUGGUUGAUGAUGAUUAUUCAGGAAUUGAUCAAUAGUCAGUGCUGAAGUGUACCAGUGGAGUACGUCUGCUGUUCCAAUCACUGAGACGUGUCAGUUAGUGUGUGUAAAUAGUGACUGUGCAUGUUUCCCUACAUAAUGUGUAUUAAUCAGCUGCGUAUCCAGGGCUAGAACUUAACAAUUGCACCCAUGGCAAUUGCCUUAGCUGAUGAAUGAAUUACCAUAGGUCUAGCACUUUACCAAUGGCGUUUUUGGCGGCUGGAUAAACAUGAUUGCCAUUGGUCAAAGGGGAUUCCUAUCCUGGAUGAAGGAGCCGGCGUAAGUUGACACCUGAGCCCAUGACAGGCGUGCACUACAACAGCUUGCUCUGAAUGUGCACGUUAAGCCCUAAGACCUGACUUGACCUGUUGAAGGGAUCAUUUUUGGUUUUUAAUUUUGUGUUUAUUUCUUGUAAAAAUUACUGAUUUAAAAUUGCCAAAGCCAGGUUCAAAGUUACCAUAGGUGAGCAAAAAUAUUUGAGAAUGAAUUGCCAUAGGUAACUAAGUCUUUUAAGUUCCAGCCCAGGAAUCCUUUCUUCAAAUCAUCUACUCCUAUAUUCUGCAAUGGUUAAAGUAACCAUAACUUAGCUAUAACAUUUAUCGUUUGAAUUUUUAUGAAUUUUUAAGUAGGAAUGAAAGUCUUUAAAAGUAGCAUAUAUGUGGUUUGGUGAUUAACUCUUCACGGAAAUAAGUAUAAACGAAAUGAGGCAAAAGCAAAAGGAAGUAUGCAAGUAACAAUUCGGUUAGUAUUCCCAAAGUCUCAAAAUAACUUUCAGAAGGAAUUCUUGGUGAUAAUGAUUGUGAACAAUCUAAGUUAUCAGAAUUAAAUGAAAACAGAUCCUAGCUUUUGAAAAGAAUUAACUCCUCUCCCCCCAUCCCUCAAAAACAUACUUUUAGUUGAGCAUCAGUGGAAUGUACCUUCAGUGAGUGGAGGUUGAAAACUUCCCAGUAGACACUACACCUCCCUGAUCAAAAUAUAAUUGAUUUUGUAAGUUGAAUUUCAAUAAUUUUAACUCUUGAGAAUAAUUUUGUUUAUUCUUAGCUCACAAGUUACAAUAAUAUUUGAAAAAUCAUGUUUCAUAUUAUAGAUAAAAAAAUAUUUGUUUUGUUGCAUUUUAGUUUGCACAUAUAAAAAGGUACUUUUAUCGGGAUAAUUUCAUUUCAGGGUCUUAAUUGAUAUUUUUAUAAAUGAAAAUGUUACAUGUUAGUGUAGCCACCCAUUAUUUAUAGCAAAAGGCAUUCACUACUUAAUCUGGGUAUAGUAUGAAAAUAAUUUGGUAAUUGAAGUUGUUCAUUUUUUAAGACAAACAUUAAGGAAAUCAUUUGGAGAUUGUUGUACCAAAAUUAACUUGUUAAAGAGUUAACUUGCUCAAUUUGAUUAACAGACAUAUACAGGUAUCAGGUUAACUCUUUGGAGACAGUAGAUACUGAGUUGUUUAUUACCAUCCUGUGGUAAACAUGCAAUACCAUACUUCGUUAAUCUUGCUGAAAUUAUUGUUUUGACUUACAUAAGUGAUUAAAUAUGAUGUAUUUUCUCCUAACUUAAUUCAUAUUAACAAAUGCAUGUGUGUGGGUUCAGGGGGAGCAUGACUUCACCCCUCCGAUGAACUUUAUUCACCACAAUCUAAACACACACAUCCUUCUCACACACGCCCAUGGCUCGACCUUAGCGGUAGCCCAGGAUGUUUUAGCCACUGAUGUUGCUCGGGCUACCAGAUGUCUAAACCCGGUAGUCCGUCGGGCUACUAGAUUUAUUUUUGCACAUCCCAUUACUCUGCAAUUAACAAGAUGCUUAAACUCCUAAAAAAAAACACCCCACCUUAAACAACAUCUUUAAAUAAAAAUAAAUGAUUUUGCUUUUUUCUCUUUUUUUUUUUUUAUUUAUUAAAAUUAUGGGCUACCAACUUUUACUGAGGGCUACCAGAUUUUAUAACCUACAUGUAGUAGCCUGGUGGGCUACCACUGAAAAACGUUACAGUCAAGGCACCUGAAUUACUGUUGCUUCUUGCCAGUUGUGAAUUAAGAUGUACAUGUGUAUAAAGUGCCAGUGACAUAUACUUGAGAACAAAUCUGUGAGGGUUGAGAAACAUGUGUUUCACUGGUUACAUAGUUAACACAUUCACUGGCAGAACAGCACAGAUCUUUAUUACACUUGAGGCUAACAUUCAGUGACAUGGCUGAUGACUUGCACAUAACCACAGGACAGGGUGACCUUUAAAGUUGCACUAUCAAAGUUCAAGUUGACAUGAACAUUUAAUAAAGCCAUUACACACACUAACAUUGGUGAUAAAUGUGACUGGUUCUUGUCAGGAAACAUUUUAUCAAGGCAGUAGGAACAUUAUUUUAUGAGGGCAAUAGAUACAUGCAGUUUUAUUUCAUCCAGCACCACUGUGUCCUAGCUAUACCUUUAUGCUUUAAUUACAAAUGUCAUGUAAAACUAAGCACUAGAAUCUGUGCCAUUUUAGGGGUUUUGUUACAAGACGAUUAUCUAUGGGUGUUGUGACAUGAUUUUGUUCAUCUAACAACUGAAGAUGAUCUACGGGUGUUGUGACAAGAUUCUGUUAAAUCGAAAACUAGCCAUAUAAUGUACCACUUUCUUCAGUUUAUAUUUUAGGAGAUGUACUGGUACUGUAGAAUUCAUAUUUGUGGUUUAUAAUCUGGUUAAUGUCGGAAUUAUUUUUAGCUACAUAAUACUGUUGUCACCUAUAUGGCAUUCUGUAUGGUGUAGUACUACAACUUUUAAAAGUGCUCACCUGUGUUAUUCCAAGAUGACUGGUGUUUGUUCUGUGAUACACAAAGAAAUGGCAUGUUUGGUGGUAACAGUUAAGAAGUAUUAUUACAAUAAUAGUUAUAACAUCUGUUACAAUGGUUAUAACAAAGUACUUCAUUGAUUGUCACAAUUAUUUGUUAUAAUGGUUGUAACAAUGUUUAUUAUAAUGUAGGUGUUGUAAUGUGUGAAACAGCUAGAUUGUAACAAUUAGAUGUUACAGUGAUUGUAACAGCUAUGUGUUAUAAUGGUUGUAACACAUAACUACGUUUAUUACAAUCAUUAUAAUACCUAACUAUAAUAACACUUAGCAGUUGCAACCAUUACAACACCUAGUAAUUGUUAAACAAUUGUAUAACACUUGGCUGUUAUAAUAAUGGUUAUAAUGCAUGUUGUUUUUUUGCAGAUAGUCUGUAGUCUGUUAUGACUAUACAUUUAUUAUGAAGAUUGCAAGAGAAACCUGUUUAAGCUUACAAGAAGACAUAAAGAUAAGCAUCUGCUACAAAACAUAUAGGUCUUUAAACAUUAUUGUCUACAUAUGAAAACUGUUUUUAAAAAAAAAAAACAUAAG